UACAGAAUCCAUUAAAUUAAAUACAAAAAAUUAAGCAAGAGAUUUUUUUUUACAAACAAAUUUACAAAUUUUCUUUUUUGACAUCCUUGAAAAAAAUACAGUUCAAUUUCGUUCAAAUUCAAAUCGUUCAUUCAAAUCACAAAUAUUUUUCUUGACUUGUGCUGACUCGCGGAGUCGCGGACUGUUCCCGGAAAAAGUUUAUUAGCUUUGAUUAAAGAAAAGUUUUUGCUAUUAAAAAUGCCGAAAAAGCCACCGCAAAACGCAUAUUACUUCUUCAUGCAAGAUUUCAGAGAAGAGCAGAGAAAGAAAGGCGUCAACUAUGGAAACCUACAAGAAGUCGCGAAAGCUGCUGAUCCGUUUUGGAGGGAUGCACCUCCCCCCGUUCGAGCAAAGUAUGAGGCCAUGGCGAAACAGGCCAAAAUGAAGAACAACGUUCCGGAGAAAAAAUACACAUCCACCGGCAUAUCCUUGGCUGAGAUAGACCAGAUGCAAAUGGAACAGCAGAAGGCUGAAGAAGAUGAAGUAAAAGACAUUAAGAGCUUCGUCAAGCUUAACUCUUUUAGCUCUAACGAAGCCCUAAUCCACGCAGAUAUCUACCUGAUGGAUGUCAACUAUUAUUGUCAGGCUGGCACCGAGUUUAUUAUAGGAGAGUGCACUAUCCUACGAUUCAACCUGAUCGAUGGCAUCAAGGAUAACUACCAUGAAGUCAUAAAUCCAGAUCGCAUCCCUCCCGGCUACGUCAGCGACAUCAAGAUUGGCUGUGAAGAGUACGGUCUAGACAUGCCCGACAGUUCAGUCCGGACUUCCAACUACUUCCAAAUACUGGCCCUGACCAUUGAUUACCUGAAGCAGGACCGUAGCCAUGGCAACAAUACUCUGCCACCGGUGUACACUAUGCCAGAUAAGGUGGCUCCUGUGACUAACUUCAUACAGCAGAUGUGCAGCCGUGCUUCGGAAUACGACCGUCUCUUCCGCGUGUACAAGCUCGACACGCUUUUCUACCACAUGAUCAACGCGCUCAAGUCUCACGAGGACGAGGGCUUUCCCAAGCCGUCCCUGGCUCUCACGCAGCUGAAGAAAGACCAGUUCAAGUACAACCCUGGGCUAGGGUGCGAGUCCCACGAGAAGAAAGACAAGUCAGUGGAAUGCACGCUCUCCCGCACCCAACGCUGGGCCUACACCAUCCUCGACAGUGUGUGCCCCGUGGCCGGCAUCGAAGCCCUACCCGGCUGCCACGUGCCUAAGGAGUUCCAUGUGGAUAGCAUCCUGAACUUCAAAGAACAAAGGAAGGACCGCGUGGGGCCGUCCGUAGCUGGGAGCAGCGGGGCGAUGAUUUCAUUCAACAGUUCGAUGAGCGAUUCAUACGCCGAUACCUCCAAUAGCACUGUAGUCAACAAAUCUAACACCAGCACGCAGAGCAAGAAGUCACAGCAGCCCAUGCGAAUGCCGAAAACUGACUACUCGGCGGCGCUGCGGCCGGCGCCCGAGCUGACGGAGAGCGACCUGCUCAGCGCCUCCUUCGCGCAGGCCGCCAUCGCCGGCCGGGGUCGUGGCCGUGGACUUCCAACUAACAUCAACAAGUUAGGCGAUUUCCCUAAAUUGCCUAAUAAGUAAAAAAACACAUCUAGGACGAAUGUUACACUUAGUCUUUGUCAUGUGCUAAAAGUGACAAUAAGAGGUCCGCCAAUCUAUAUAGUUCUUCGUAGUUUAGUAUAAGGAAUAUGUUGUCUCACGAAAGCUGGCAAGAAUAGAAUGAAAAGGGGUGAAUUAACUUUUUCUUGUCUGUUAUUGCCAUGGUUACGGUCCCCUGAGUCACGCUGGUUUUAUGCAAAAUUAUGCUACUGAAAUUAUGCGAGCAUGCAUGUAGUCCAUGUUUAUAGGUGGCAAAUUGAGGAAAGGGCUUGUUAACACCAGAAAAAUGCAUGUUUGCCUGUAGCAUAUUUUUGCAUAAAACCAGCGUGAUUCGGGAGAUCGUAACCAUGGCAAUAACAGACAAGAAAAAGUUGAUUUACCCAAAUAACUUUGUGUGAGUGACCAAAUUUUAUGUUGAAUGACAUUUGGAUUAUGUAAUUCAUUCGUCCAGCCAGCUCUUGUGAGAUUACCAUACUCGCCAAUUCAUACUUGCAUCUGAUAUCAAAAUUAAUAAUGGUAUGAAUAGAAUGAACAAAACAUGUAAUAUGUAUAAUGUUUUGAAAAGAAGUGGCCCGCCGAGUUUGUUGC